AUGCCUUUACCUGUAUUGGCUAGAAAAAUGCAAAAAUUAGCCUCCCAACAAUUACACCAACUUAAGCAGCUUUUAACAGGCAGAGGAUUUAUAAAAUUUAAACGUUUGUAUAAAAUAAAAGGAGAACUUGGACAGGGAGGGUUUGGGAUUGUUUACAAAGGUGUUAGAUUGUCUGAUAUGUUGCCUGUAGCCGUCAAAUUCAUCGAACGUCGACAUGUCCGUGAAUGGGGUCGUUUGGCAGAACAACGGGUUCCUAUGGAAAUUUGUAUGUUAACACGUUGUAAUCAACUAUCAGGAGUUAUAACCUUAUUAGACUGGUUUUCACUACCAGAAGGCUAUUUAUUAGUAAUGGAAAGGCCAACUCCCUGUAUAGAUUUAUUCGAUUUUAUUCAACAACAAAAAUAUUUGGACGAAUCCUUGGCUAAAUAUUUAUUUUCCCAAAUUGUAAAAACUAUAUUAGAUUGUUCAAAAUUGUUGGUAUUACAUAGAGAUAUUAAAGACGAAAAUAUUUUGUUGGAAUUAAAUACUGGGAGAAUUAAAUUAAUUGAUUUUGGGGCUGCUACUUUGUUAAAGAAAAGUCGUUAUCAAGACUUUCAAAGUACGAGGCUUUAUUGCCCUCCAGAAUGGUUUCUCCAUUCUCUCUAUUUGGGACAAGAAGCAACAGUAUGGUCAUUAGGUGUAUUGCUUUAUAAUAUGUUGAAUGGAAGGCUACCUUUUCUAAAUGAGAGGGAUAUUUGUACUUCACAUUUACUUGGACCUUUACCUUUUUAUGUGCCCGUUUCUAGAGGUAUAGAGUUUUAA